CUGCACAGACAGCUACGUCAGGUCCUCAGGGGUCCUCACUGCCCUGAGCCUCCUCCUGAUCUCAAACCAGCGGAGAACAUCUCGACUCUCACCGGAGAACCAGCGGAGAACCAGCGGAGAACCCUCCAGCAGGAGCUCCAGCAGGAAGGAUGGGCAGCAGGUCGCUCGCUGCCGGGCUCUGCGGAGCUCUGCUCCUCGGCUACUGCGUCUACUUCGACCGGAAGCGACGGAGCGACCCGCAGUUCAGGAUCCGGCUGCGGGAGCGCAGGAGGAAGCAGCAGGCAGCGAGGGACAGGGACGGUCAAGCCAAGCUCCCGGACCUGAAGGACGCUGAGGCGGUGCAGAAGUUCUUCCUGGAGGAGAUCCAGCUGGGGGAGGAGCUGCUGGCUCAGGGAGACUAUGAGAAGGGUGUGGACCACCUGACCAACGCCAUCGCAGUGUGUGGUCAGCCUCAGCAGCUGCUGCAGGUCCUGCAGCAGACUCUGCCGCCGCCCGUCUUUCAGAUGCUGCUCACCAAACUGCCCAGCAUCAGCCAGCGUAUCGUGAGCGCUCAGAGUCUGAGUGAGGACGAUAUAGAAUGAGGAGAAGGCUGAGAGGAAACGACCCCCCCGCCCAACCAUCACCCGCCCUCCUCGUUACAAGAUGACCGUCCAACGCCUGCGUCACUCAGGCUGCCCCCCCCCCCCCCACCACGGGGUCCUGAAGGAACUCGUGACUGUUUUGUUUUUUAACUGAAUCACCUGUUUUGGGGUCAAAUCUCCCGUCAGAAACUUCUAACAGACUCCAACAUUAACUGAUCACAUACUGACUAACUGGCUCGGGUCUUUGUUUCAAACCACGAUCAGCUGCUGACGGCCUUGUACACCAGGGGGCGCUGUCACACCUGUUAUUCACGAUGUCGUAGAAACACAUCGUCUGCUUCUCAGUGUUUAUUGUUCUGUUCUCAUCUGUCUGAGGCAAACACUUUUUACAAAGUGAUGAAAUGUUUUGUUUGUGUUAGAGACGAUGAACCGCUUUAGAGAAAUAAAAUAAAGAGCUGAACAAACA